AUGUUCAAGCUCGCCAGCAUUACUACCAUCGCCUUGGCUGCUAUUGCCAAUGCUAUGCCUCAGGGUAUCGGUACAGGCUCCAACGCUUGCCCUCCUGGGUGCAAGACCAAGGACGUUUUUGAAUCCAAGACCCCUGAUCCUCAUCAAACCUACUUCUACCAGCAGAUGACAUGUGGCAAGAAUGGCGGGUGUGAGAUCUCUAAGAGCGAAGUAGAGGGACAAUCUGUCAGCCUCUCUGCUAGUAUCAGCGGAGAUGGUUGGAUCUCAGCCGGCUUUGAGGUCUCAGAAUACCAAGAGAGUGGCGAAGCCCAAACUUGCUACGGUGAACCAGGUGAUACCAUCUGUGUGUGGUGGCGAACAGCCAACACCAUGUACACUGUCGAUGUUCAGUACUACAAGUGUUGCCAGAAGAGCGGAGGCUUAACUCCCCAGGUUAUCACUUCACCCAACUCGAACAACCAAGGCUCUAGUGCGAUUUGCGGUCGCAAUGAGCAGUGCCACACCAAGGGCCACAGUUAUUGGAACAAUAUGGAACGCUCCAACGGCGGCGUUACAGUUUCUGGAGGACCUCAGGAAUGGAAGUUCGGAGGUGAUUUGACCGGUCUUGUCCCUGACUCUGACGAGAUUCCCGAGGCUAAAGCUCCUUGA